AUGGAUAAUAUCCAUGAGAGAGGUCUAGUGCCGUACGAUCCGAAUGCGUACGAUCCGAAUGAAGUUCUUAACGCGACCCAGCUUCAUACCUCUACUUCCCCAGGCACUUCUCAUGGAUCUGAGUCAUCCUAUACUCUUCUAACGCCUAAGAAUGGGGGGCAGUUAGAAUGUCAAAGCAGCAGGAUUAAGCAGCGUACGGAGCUGCUCAAUCAAGCAGUCAAUCAGCUGAUGAAGAGAUUUCAGCUGGCAUGCAUAGUUAGUGCAGCUAUCUUAGCAAAGGAAAAUUAG